GCCAUUUUUGUCUUCUCGUUUGGUCGUUGAGAACUUCAGUAUCAGAGGAUCGGCCAACGUUUUGCUUUCUGUCGCGAUUUCUCUUCUCAUAUCACGCCAAUACCAGGUUUACAUGGUGGAAUCACAAAAGGGAGUUGCUUCAACUGCUGAUUCACAAAAGAAGAGUUCAUUGCUAGAUGAGGAUUUUGGAAAGGAUUUCCUCAGCUCCUGGAAAUCAAUUUCUGUGGCAGAGAAUGAUGGGAUGGAUUUUAGUUGUGAAACAGGUCCCAAAGGCAAGAAAAAAAGCUUCAACUUUGAUAAACUGGACAUGGAUUUUGCUCUUGAUGGAGAUUUUGGCAAAAUAUCAUCCUUCAAAGUAGAUAUGCCAGAUCUGGACUUCUCCAGUCCAGCCAAGAAGAAUGAGAAGCCAAAGGAAGGAUCUAGUAAUGAAUCUGUUGAUGGAAAACACAAAGCGAAACAAGAUUGUUUUGCCUUCACUUUUGAUUUUAAUGAGUUGGACAAUUUUGAUCUGGAUUCCACCUUAAUGAGAAGGGAAAAGAAAUUUGAUAAAUGCAGAGAUGAUAAGGGAUCUGAUUCUUCAUUUAGUCAUGAGAAGAAUCAAGUUUCUGGAAGCAACUCUGUUUCAAGUACUGAUGUUUCUGAAAAAAUUGAUGCCAAUAAUAAGUUACAAUCUGAGAAGGCAACCAUUUCGAAAUUCGAGACACUGGUUGAGGAUCUUGUAACUAGUGCUGCUCCUUCCACCUGUGUAAACUUUGGAAAUCUAAAUAUGUCAUGUGGUGUAGCAAUUUCAUCAGAUAAAAACAUAACCAUUAAUGCACAAGAUACAGAUCAACAUAGCCAGCAAUCAGAAAGGACGAGCACCAAGGAACCAGAUGCUCAAACUAUACAAAAUUCAUCUUUCCGAUCUGUCUCUGCUGAGGGUUCAAUAGAGGAGAAUGUUGCAGAAGCACAGGCUGAGGUUUGUUCCUCAGAUCCGGAAGUAAAUAAUAAUCCAUGUGGGGAUCAAGAUGGUAGUUUCAAACUGGUCACCAGAUCAGAACCUAACCUUGUAAGUUCAUAUAAGCCAUUACCUACAAUACAAAGCACAGGCAUGGAGAGAACUGCCACUAAUUUUGGGAAAAAACUGGAGGUAGAGGAACAUGUUACCUUGGGAAGUAAAUCUAUGGAUGAAAUAGUCGAAGGUGAGUUAGAUAUCGGAAUUUCUUCUAUUACAAGCCUCUCACAGAAGAUGUUGCCUGACAAAGUUACAAGAGACAACAAAAACUCAGUUUCUCAAUUUCAUCUGGCCCCAGUUCAGAUUGAACCCAGGGUUGAUAAGUCCAUGCAAAUGAAAGAACAAGGAAGUAGUAGUAUUGACUUGAAGGUUUUCAACAGAUCAGUGGAAAUUGAAUCUCAGUUGCAUUCAAAACAAACAAAAUUUGUUCCACUCAGUGACAACAAAAUGGGAACUGAGUGUCAUGGUCCUAUUGGAAGGCAGGAAUUUAAUUCCAAUGAUGCACAACUUGGGAAUCAAAUUGUUGGCACUUCAAAGUCACAUGACGUAACUCUAACAAAAGUGAUACCUAUUAUACAGGAAAGUGAAAAGCAUGAUAAAGAUCCCAAUGCAUCCAAUUCCCAAAUUCAUCAAGCCAGCAUCCCCGAACCAGCACCUAAAUCUAGCAUUCUGAAGUCUAUCGAUCCUAAACUUCUAAUUUCAAAGGAACCUGUUAGAAACUCAAAAUUUAUUCCUGUAGAACGGAAUAGACUUUCUCCUAUGAAAUUUGGUAAGACAACAUCUAAUAUCACUUCCUCGAAGUUGAAGGUUUUAAGGAAUAUGACAUCAAAAAAUGAUCUAUCCAUUUCUACACCCCAAAAAGAAAUUAAAGCAUUAAAGCACUCACAAGAAAGCAUUGAACUUCAAGCAAAAGCAGCAGUGAAGGCAGUCCAAUCUAUUGGCUCAGAGAAACAAACCCUGUUAAGUGCAUCUUUGAAGCGGAAAGCAAUUGAGGCAUCAAAUGCAGAUCCAGUAAACUUAUAUCCAUUAAAGCGUAUGACAGAAUCAUCUGGAGAAAUCAGAAGACAUCUGAAAGCUUCCCGAAAGGAUGAUGAAAAACCAAUUGGCAAAACUGAGAAUCUGGUCAAUAGUUGUACCAAGGAUAUUUCCUAUAAUCACCUCAAUUCUACAAUUGAUGUUUGCCAAGAAGCAUGCUUGACAGAACUAAUUCCUGUUGUACUGGAGAAUGAUGGAAAUGUUGAAAAGGCUGAAGCCUGCACAAAGGAGCUUGAAGAUAUCUGCAGGAUGCUGAAAAAGAAACAUGAGGAAGCAAAGGAGUUACUAGUCCGAGCUCUUGUAAACAACAAUAAUCUUUUGAUGUUGAACCAUCCCAUCUAUGAUGAGAAGAUCCAUAUGAUUCAGAGGUUUUUAGCUCGCAUGAUGACUAGGAAACUUCAAAGUUGAUCCGCCGAUGCAACAGUGCAAACACGUAUAAAUUCCUUGCAUUUUAUGCUCAAGUUAGAAGUUACAUGCCUAUUUGAACCAUGUUCCUUCACAUAUUCAUUUUCAUGCAUUUGUAGUUUGCCUUUCUAUAGGUCUAUGAUUUGAUGUACUGAAGAAAUUGCAGGAAACAGUUAUAAGUUUUCUGCCCUGUUAUAAUUUGGGCAUUGGGGUCCAAUUUCCUAUUUCAAGAAAUUAAGGAACUUUGUCUUGGUCUAAAACACUUUUCUUUUUCAAUGGUAACUGAGUUUUUAAUGGUUGUAUCCAUGAUAUGAACAGAUUCAUACA